AUGAGCGUCUCAGACGAGGUCCGGGCUGCUCAGCGGAUAGAGCCCGUUGCGAUCCAUCCAAGCCGCGAAACCUCGAACAGGGACCUCUUCUGGCACGAAUACUCGUUGAAUUGGGAAGGCGUAGAACACCGUCUUGUUACUCCAUCGGUUGCGUUUGAACUACAAGCUAUCCAACAACCGGCGCCUCGACGCACAAUGAGCCUGGGACCAGAUAGUCGUAGACGUUGGCCAAGGCACAUGGCGGACCCUAGAGCCGAAACCGGGGCCAGACAGAGGAAGCAUGCGACUAGAUGCACGGGUAAGCAAUGGCUGCAGCGAAUGCAGAGCAGUAUGGUGCGUGGUUGCCACAUUAUGCUUCAAACACCAGGCAAGAUGGCAAACACAACGGUGAGCUUGGCUAAACGAACCCGUAAGUAUAUUACGACCACACCUUCAAGGUGGAAGAAUCGCAUCUCGCGCAUCCGCAUGCCAUCUGCGCGCAUCAUCGCCAAAGCCGCUGUUACUGUCGCCACCGCAGCGCUCGUGGGCAGCAUGUACAUGAAAUUCAACUACGAUUUCGCUCUCGCCAAAGCAGCUCAGCCAUCCAUAGUUACCCGGUACUCACUGAAAUAUCCGUCUAGCUGGAUGCAUGCCGAAUGUCCAGCCCGUAUCCUCGGCCUUCCCGAACCCCUCGAUUCCAAGAUUGUGAAUCGCCACGCCUACACGGCUGCCUUUCGCAAGUUCGCCAUCAGGUUUCAUCCGGACAAAUACCUUGUCAAUGGCUUCACCCUGCCCUUUGCCCAUUUAGUCUACAUGCGUGGCUUCGAUGCCAAGGCAGCGCUCGACCUAUACUACGACGACACCAAUUGCUUGGACGGUGUGAACAAGUUGGAUCAAUUCAACACCAGUGCCGAUGGUUUGCCCAGCUAUGCGUCAUCCUGCCGCUGCACAUAUCUCCAUGCAGUAGUAGAGACGUCUUUCCGCGCCAUCUUUCCUUUUUUCUUGCAACCCGCUCCUCCGCAGACGCCAAACCAGCUUGCAAAAUCCUGCCCCCCAUGCACCUUCUCCAUCGCUGCGGUGCGAUGGAAGGCUUUCAACGAAGAGAACCGUCCGCCGCCAAUAAGGCGCCUGCGCCUAGCAGUGCCCUUGAGCAGAGUGUUUGAUCAUCCGUACAUCUGGCGUUUCAUGAAGAUUGAUCGAUCGAGGGUGAAUUGCUUACCUGAGUUCAAGUGGAGUCAAGAGGAGAAGCAGAAGUGGGAGGAUAAGGGAUGGGCCACACCGGAAGAUUGGAUUGAGCACCCGGAUGAUCGAAUAUGUAGGAUAGCGAAGAGAAUGAGCCAGCCUAACGAAAAUUCAACGGAAGAGGAGAUGGACCAUUGGGAGGCGCGUCAGAAGGCCAACGAGGCAUACUCUAAACUCUUCACCGAGAACAAACCAACCAUGUCUGCAUAA